AAACUCGUUCUAUGAGUCUCUGAAACAGAUUGGUGCCAGCCAGCAUCAGGGCAACGCAGUAGGCAUGGGGACGUAUGAGACAGUCCAGCACUUCAACGACAUCAAGGAACAUCUGCACGUGGUCAAGAGGAACAUCGAACACCUCAUCACGCGCAAUGGGGUUUGUCAAUAGCUUGUUAGAUUGUAAAUCUCAGGGGUUCUCCACACGUCUUUCUCAAGUCUUUUCUUGAUUCCUCGAUCUUCGCCUCCUUCGCCCACCACAUUGGAAGAGAAGAUCCAAGGGGUCUCUCCCUCAGACCUUCUCCUCCAAUGUGUUUGGAGAAGGAGGUAAAGAGAGAGGACAUGAGGAAUAUAAAUAUUUACAGUAUUUUUACAGUGUAUCUUUGUGUCUUAUGCUGCAUGUAGAGCCCCAGUGAAAAGCAGGUGGUGAUCUGCCCUGACCCUCCUCCAAUGCCUUCCUGUUUGGGUACCACACACUUCCUGGUAUUUGUGGUCAUCCAAUCAGUCCUGUUCUUCAGCUACAUUAUGUACAAGUAAGAGCAAGAUGUUUUUAUUUAUCACAUGCACAAGUACAGUGAAAUGCUUAAUUUGCAAGCCAUACAGUGCAGUCUCCAAUAUCAAAAUAGUAUAACACUUAAACAUACAUUUAAAAAAUCAAGUGUUGUUUCGUUCAUAACUCUCCUCUCGCUCUCUCUCUCUCUCUCUCUCUCUCUCUCUCCUCUCUCUCCUCUCUCUCUCCUCUCUCUCUCUCCUUUCUCUCCUCUCCUCUCCUCUCCUCUCCUCUCCUCUCCUCUCCUCUCCUCUCCUCUCCUCUCCUCUCCUCUCCUCUCCUCUCCUCUCCUCUCCUCUCCUCUCCUCUCCUCUCCUCUCCUCUCCUCUCCUCUCCUCUCCUCUCCUCUCCUCUCCUCUCCUCUCCUCUCCUCUCCUCUCCUCUCCUCUCCUCUCCUCUCCUCUCCUCUCCUCUCCCUCUCCUCUCCUCUCCUCUCCUCUCCUCUCCUCUCCUCUCCUCUCCUCUCCUCUCCUCUCCUCUCCUCUCCUCUCCUCUCUCAUAUUAUUUCAUCUCCCUCUACAGAAGUCAACAAGAAGCAGCAGCAAAGAAAUUCUUUUGAUGAAAUGCUGUCAUCGAUAUCAUGACAAUAUUUAAAUGAGGGACUGUUCAUUUUGCUGGUUAUUUUGGUUUAUUUAGUUUUUCAAAAUUGUAAAUUAUUGUACUUAAAAAUUUGAUUUUGUUUGAGAAGUUUCUUUUUUAAUUUCUUUGUUUUAAUUUGAUCUGAUAUUAUGUACAGGGUAUGUGAAUGAAUGCUUGUGUGGGACAUUUUGUUAAAAGAUUCCAAUUAUGAUGUAAUAUAUUCUAUACAGUAUUUUGACAAGUCGUUGGGUGACAUUUUGAUCUUUCGACUAGUUUUUUGAUAAGUUCCCACUCCCAGAAAACAAAACAAACACUGUCUACCCAUUCACAUAGCUUGGGAAAACUGUGGAUUUAAUAAAUGUGCAAUUUUGUAUGAAUUCUGAACUGUGUUGAAGAAAACCCAGAGUGGAUGUCUAGUGUGUGUCUUCUUGAAACAAAAUCUGGCAUUUUCUUUUUUUCUUCUCAAGCAAUUUACAUAAACCAAAAACAAACCAACAUUUUGCAGAUUUGUUUUGGUCUUUGUUACUGUAUGCCAUCCCAUUGUUUACAUUUUGGUUUUCAGGUAUUAAAAAAGUAGCCUAAUUGUUGUUACAUUUGACCUCCAUAGCCUGGUCCCAGAUCUGUUUGUGCUGUCUUGCCAACUCCUUGUAACUCAUCAAAGUAGUUGGCAAGAUAGACUAUCGUCCUGGCACUUUUGAUCAGGAUCCCUUUUAGAGACAUUAGCUUAAUGCAUGGAUUAGUGCUUAGUCUGGUCAAGGUUUGGUCUAAGGGAGGCAGGGUAGGCUGCUGUCUCUGGCAGGGUAGGCUGCUGUCUCUGGCAGGGUAGGCUGCUGUCUCUGGCAGGGUAGGCUGCUGUCUCUGGCAGGGUAGUCUGCUGUCUCUGGCAGGGUAGGCUGCUGUCUCUGAAAGAACAGAGGACAUUAUGCUGGGUCUUAUGUGAGAGAGAACAACUCUGUGCCAGUGGUGAGGUAUAGGUAGGGUUGCAAUGCUACCAGUAAUUUAUCAAAGUUACCGGAAUCUUCAUAAUUUUGGUAAUUAAUACUUUAAUAACUUUUAAUAUGUAUGCAUAUACAGUUCGGCAUCAUAACUGACUUCAGUGGGCAAAGGCUCACCUUCGAUGGCUACUGGCACGCUGGAGAAGUGUGCUCUUCAUGGAUGAAUCCCGGGUUUCAACUGUACGGGGCAGAUGGCGUCGUGUGGGCGAGCGGUUUGCUGAUGUCAACAUUGUGAACAGAGUGCCCCAUGGCGGCGGUGGGGUUAUGGUAUGGGCAGUCAUAAGCUAUAGACAACGAACACAAUUGCAUUUUAUCAAUGGCAAUUUGAAUUCGCAGAGAUACAGUGACGAGAUCCUAAGGCCCAUUGUCAUGCCAUUCAUCCACCGCCAUCACCUCAUGUUUCAGCAUGUAAUGCAAGGCCCCUUGUCGGAAGGAUCUGUACACAAUUCCUGGAAGCUGAAAAUGUCCCAAUUCUUCCAUGGCCUGCAUACACACCAGACAUGUCAUCCAUUGAGCAUGUUUGGGAUGUUCUGGAUCGACGUGUACGACAGCGUGUUCCAGUUCCCGCCAAUAUCCAGCAACUUCGCACAGCCAUUGAAGAGGAGUGGGACAACAUUCCACAGGCCACAAUCAACAGCCUGAUCAACUCCAUGCGAAGGAGAUGUCGCACUGCAUGAGGCAAAUGGUGGUCACACCAGAUACUGACUGGUUUUCUGAUCUACGCUCCUACCUUUUAUUUUAAAGGUAUCUGUGACCAAUAGAUGCAUAUCUGUAUUCCCAGUCAUGUGAAAUCCAUAGAUUAAGGCCUACCGAAUUUAUUUCAAUUUAAUGAUUUCCUUAUGUGAACUGUAACUUAGUGAAAUCUUUGAAAUUGUUGUAUGUUGUGUUUAUAUUUUUGUUCAGUGUAGAAUGGAAAUAACUGACCCUUUUAUGUCAAUGAUUGCAUAUGGGUCUCUCCACACAGAUAGGUAGGCGAACACAAUUUUGCAUACCAGUCAUACCAACAGCAACAAAUGGAAACCCAUGAGUGCAGCAGUAGGCAUAUUUCAACAAAUUAAUGGCACUGUGUCCUAAAUAAAAUGUUAUUUCAUAUUUGAUCAAAUUAAUAUAUUAAUCUAGGCAUGCCAUACAGUUAGCAUGAGUACUGACAAUGGAACAUUGGGAUAUGAUGUCAUGUCUUGUAGAGAUACACUAUAUAUACAAAAGUAUGUGGACACCCCUUCAAAUUAGUGGAUUUGGCUAUUUCAGACACCCGUUGCUGACAGGUGUAUAAAAUCGAGCACACAGCCAUGCAAUCUCCAUAGACAAACAUUGGCAGUAGAAUGGCCUUACUGAAGAGCUCCGUGACUUUCAACGUGGCACCAUCAUAGGAUGCCACCUUUCCAACAAGUCAUUUUGUCAAUUAUCUGCCCUUCUAGAACUGCCCCGGUCAACUGUAAGUGCUGUUAUUGUGAAGUGUAAACGUCUAGGAGCAACAACGACUCAGCCGCGAAUUGGUAGGCCACACAAGCUCACAGAACGGGACUGCCAAGUGCUGAAGUGUGUACCGCGUAAAAAUCGUCUGUCCUCGGUUGCAAGACUCACCACCGAGUUCCAAACUGCCUCUGGAAGCAACGUCAGCACAAUAACUGUUCGUCGGGAGCUUCAUGAAAUGAGUUUCCAUGGCCGAGCAGCCGCACACAAGCCUAAGAUCACCAUGCGCAAUGCCAAGCGUCAGCUGGAGUGGUGUAACGCUCACUGCCAUUGGACUCUGGAGCAGUGGAAUCACGCUUCACUAUCUGGCAGUCCGACAGACAAAUCUGGGUUUGGCGGAUGCCAGGAGAAUGCUACCUGCCCCAAUGCAUAGCGCCAACUGUAAAGUUUGGUGGAGAAGGAAUAAUGGUCUGGGGCUGUUUUUCAUGUUUUGGGCUAGUCCCCUUAGUUCCAGUGAAGGGAAAUAUUAAUGCUACAGAAUACAAUGACAUUCUAGAUGAUUCUGUGCUGUCAACUUUGUGGCCACAGUUUGGGGAAGACCCUUUCCUGUUUCAGCAUAACAAUGCCCCCAUGCACAAAGCGAGGUCCAUACAGAAAUGGUUUGUCGAGAUCGGUGUGGAAGAACUUGACUGGCCUGCACAGAGCCCUGACCUCAACCCCAUCGAACACCUCAGGGAUGAAUUGGAACGCCGAAUGCGAGGCAGGCCUAAUCGCCCAACAUCAGUGCCCGACCUCACUAAUGCUCUUGAGGCUGAAUGGAAGCAAGUUUUAAUGUCACAUGCACAAGUACAGUGAAAUGCCUUUCUUGCGAACUCAAAACCCAACAAUGCAAUAAUCAAUAACAAUCUACAUCUACAUACAGUGCAUUCGGAAAGUAUUCAGACCCCUUGACCUUUUCCACAUUUUGUUACGUUACAGCGUAAAAUUGUUUUUUCACCCCUCAUAAUGACAAAAUAAAAACAGGUUUUUAGAUUUUUUUUGCAAAUAUAUAACAAAAACAAAACUGAAAUAUCACAUUUACAUAAGUAUUCAGACCCUUUACUCAGUACUUUUAUUCGAAGCACCUUUGGCAGCGAUAACAACCUCGAGUCUUCUUGGGAAUGACACUACAAGUUUGGCACACCUGUAUUUGAGGAGUUUUUCCCAUUCUUCUCUGCAGAUAAUCUCAAACUCUGUCAGGUUGAAUGGGGAGCUUCACUGCACAGCUAUUUUCAGGUCUCUCCAGAGAUGUUCAAUCGUGUUCAAGUCCGGGCUCUGGCUGGGCCACUCAAGGACAUUCAGAGACUUUUCCCGAAGCCACUCCUGCAUUGUCUUGGCUGUGUGCUUAGGGUUGUUGUGCUGUUGGAAGGUGAACCUUCACCCCAGUCUGAGGAGCAGGUUUUCAUCAAGGAUCUUAAUGUACUUUGCUCCGUUCAUCUUUCCCUCGAUCAAGACUAGUUUCCCAGUCCCUGCCGCUGAAAAACAUCUCCACAGCAUGAUGCUGCCACCACAGUGCUUCACCAUAGGGAUGGUGCCAGGUUUCCUCCAGACGUGACGCUUGGCAUUCAGGCCAAAGAGUUCAAUCUUGGUUUCAUCAGACCAGAGAAUCUUGUUUCUCAUGGUCUUUUAGGUGCCUUUUGGCAAACUCCAAGCGGGCUGUCAUGUGCCUUUUUACUGAGGAGUGGCUUCCGUCUGGCCACUCCACCAUAAAGGCCUGAUUGGUGGAGUGCUGCAGAGAUGGUUGUCCUUCUGGAAGGUUCUCCCAUCUCCACAGAGGAACUCUGGAGCUCUGUCAAAGUGACCAUCGGGUUCUUGGUCACCUCCCUGACCAAGGCCCUUUUCCCCUGAUUACUCAGUUUGGCCGGGCGGCCAGCUCUAGGAAGAGUCUUGGUGGCUCCAAACUUCUUCCAUUUAAGAAUGAUGGAGGCCACUCUGUUCUUGGGGACUUCAAUGCUGCAGACAUUUUUUAGUACCCUUCCCCAGAUCUGUGCCUCGACACAAUCCUUUCUCAGAGCUUUUCGGACAAUUCCUUCGACCUCAUGGCUUGGUUUUUGCUCUGACAUGCACUGUCAACUGUUGGACCUUAUAUAGACAGGUGUGUGCCUUUCCAGAUCAUGUCCAAUCAACUGAAUUUACCACAGGUGGACUCCAAUCAAGUUGUAGAAACAUCUCAAGGAUGAUCAAUGGAAACAGGAUACACCUGAGUUCAAUUUCGAGUCUCAUAGUAAAGGGUCUGAAUACCUACGUAAAUAAGAGAUUUCAGUGUUUUAUUUUUAAUACAUUUGCAAAAAUUGUUUACACUUUGUCAUUAUGGGGUGUUGUGGGUAGAUUGAGGAUUUUUAUUUAUUUAAUCCAUUUUAGAAUAAGGCUGUAACGUAACAAAAUGUGGAAAAAGUGAAGGGGUCUGAAUACUUUCAGAAUGCACUGAACGUUCUGCCAUUCGGUUAGAUUGUGCUGGUUAGAUGUGCUGCACUUUUGCUGCACUUUGAAUCCGUUUCCUCUCUCUCCCCUCUCUCUUGGUCGCUCUCUCUCUCUCUCCUCUUUCUUAACCCCGCUCUCUCUCUCUCUCCUCUCUUUCUCACCCUCUCUCUCCUCUUUUUCUCAACCCCACUCUCUCUCUCUCUCCUCUCUUUCUCACCCUUUCUCUCUCUCGCUCUCUCUCUCUCUCUCUCUCCUCUCUUUCUCAACCCCCCCUCUCUCUCCUCUCUUUCUCAACCCCGCUCUCUCUCUCCUCUCUUUCUCAACCCAACUCUCUCUCUCCUCUCUUUCUCACCCUUUCUCUCUCUCUCUUUCCUCUUUUUCUCAACCCUCUCUCUCUCCUCUCUUUCUCAACCCCCCUCUCUCUCUUCUCUAUUUCUCAACCCCCCUCUCUCUUUCUUGCGCUCUCUCUCUCUCCUCUCUUUCUCAUCCCCCCCUCUCUCUCCCCUCUCUCUCUCUCUCUCUCUCUCCUCUCUUUCUCAACCCCCCUCUGUCUCUCUCUCUCUUCUCUAUUUCUCAACCGCCUCUCUCUUUCUUGCUCUCUCUCUCCUCUUUCUCAACCCCCUCUCUCUCUCCCUCUCCUCUCUUUCUCAACCCCCCUCUCUCGUUCUCAAUCUCCUCUCUUUCUUUCUUUCUCUUUUCUCUCUCUCCUAUCGUUCUUAUCCCUCUCUCUCUCUCUCUCUCUCCUCCUCUCUCCUCUCUUUCUCCUCUCCCUCCUCACUCUCUCUCUCUCUCUUUCCCACCCCACCCCCUCUCCUCUCCUCUCUCUCUUUUCCUCAACCCCCCCCACUCUCUCUCUCUUCUCUUUCCCACCCCCCCCUCUCUCUCUUUCUCCUCUCUUUCUCAACCCCCCACUCUCUCUCUCUUCUCUUUCCCAACCCCCCCCUCUCUCUUUCUCCUCUCUUUCUCAACCCCCCCCUCUCUCUCUCCUCUAUUUUUCUCCACCCCCCUCUGUCCUCUCUCUCUCUCCUCUAUUUCCUCACUCUCACCUCCCCUCUGUCUCUCUCUCAUCUCCUCUAUUUCUCAACCCCCCACUCUCUCUUUCUCAACCCCCCCGCUCUCUCCUCCUCUCUCUCAACCCCACUCUCCUCUCUCUCUCUCUCCUCUCUUUCUCAACGCCCCCCUCUUCUCUCUCUCCCUCUAGUUCUCACCCCCUCUGUCCUCUCUCUCUCUCUCUCUCUCUCUCCUCUAUGUCUCAACCCCCCCCCACUCUCUCUCCUCUCUUCUCAACCCCCCCGCUCUCUCUCGCUCUCUUUCUCAACUCCCCCUCUCUAUUCUCUCCCUCUCUUCUCAACCCCCAUCUCGCUCCUCCUCUCCUCAUUUCUCAACCCCUCCUCUGUCUCUCUCUCCUCCUUACACUUUCUCGAACCACCCUCUGUCUCUCUCUCUUCUCUAUUCUCCCCCCCUCUCUCUUUCUUGCUCUCCCUCUCUCUCGUCUCUCUCACCCCCCUCUUCCUCUCGCUCCAUCCUCUUUCUUUCUCAACCCCCCUCUCUUCCGCCUACCUCUUUCUCACCCUUUCUCUCUCUCGCUCUCUCUCACUAUUCCCUCUUUCUCAAAACCCCAACCCCCCUCUCCCUCUCGCCUCCUUUCUUCUCAAAAAACCCCGCUCUCUCUCUCUCCUCUCUUUCUCACCCUCUCCUCCUCUCUUCUUCACCCCACUCUCAUCUCUCUCCUCUCUUUCUCACGCCUUUCCUCUCUCCCUCCUCUCGUUUCUCAACUCCCCCGCUGUUCCUCUCUCUCUCUUUCCUUGCUCUUUCUCUCAUCUCUUUCUCAUCAUCCCCCCUCUCUCAUCCCCCUCUCUCUCUCUCUCGCCUUCUCCUCUCGUUCUCAAACCCCCUCUGUCCUCUCUCUCUCUCCUCUCGGUCUCACCCCCCUCGCUCUCUCUCCUCCUCUCUUUCGCACCCCCCUCUCUCUCGUCUCUUCUCUCUCUUCUCAACCCCCCCUCUCUCUCUCCGCCCCUCUCCUCCUCUUUCUCAAUCCCUCUCUCGCCCUCCUCUCUUUCUCAAACCCACCUCUCUCUUUCUCACCCCCCUCUCUCUCUCCCUCGUUCUCAACGCCCCCCCCCCUCCCUCUCUCUCUCUCUUCCUCUCGUUCUCAACCCCCCUCUCAUCUUUCUUUCGGAGUUCUCUCUCUCCCUAUUUUUCUUAUCCCCUCUCCUCGCUCUCUCUCUCUCCCUCAACCCCCCACUCUAUCUCCUCUUCGUUCCAACCCACCCUCCUGUCUCUCCUCCUUUCAACUCCCAUCUGUCUCAUCUCUCUCUCCUCUCUUCUCACCCCCCCCCUCCUCUCUCCUCUCUUUUCCUCACACCCCCUCUCUCCUUAUUGCUCUCUCUCUCCUCUUUUCCUCAACCCCCCUCUCUCUUUUAUUGGCUCUCGUCUCUCCUCUCCUCUUUCUUAACCCCCCUUUCGCUUUCUCAACCCCCCUCUCUCUCUCCUCUCGUUCUCAACGCCCCCCCCCUCUCCCUCUCCUCAACCCUCUUUCUUUCUUUCUCUCUCUCCUAUCUUUCUCUUACCCCUCUCUCUCUCUCUCUCCUCUCUCAACCCCCUCUCUCUCCUCCUCUCUUUCUCAACCCCUCUUUCUAUCUCCUCUCCUCUCUUUCUCAACCCCGCCUCUCUCUCCCUCCCUCUCUUUCUCAACCUCCCUAUCUCUCUCCCUCAUCUCUUUCUCAACCCCCCUGUCCUCUUUCUCAACCACCAACUCAAUUCUCUCAAAACACCCCAACCACGCACCCCAACCCGCCCCCCUCUUUUCUUCUCUCCUCUCCUAUUCUCAACUCCCCCUCUCUCUCAUCACUCCUCUCUCUUCAAUCUUAUCUCCCCUCUCCUUUCUUUCUUUCUUUCUUUCUCUCUCGUCAUCUCUUUCUUCUCUCUCUCUCUCUCUUCAACUCUCUCUCUCUCUCUCUCUCAACCAACCAGACCCCCCACGCUCUCUCCUUCUUCUCUUUCCCAAUCCCCACCUCUCUCUCUUUCUCCUCUCUUUCUCAACCCCCCCUCUCUCUGCCUCUCUCUCCGCUCUUUCCUCAACCCCCCCUCUCUCUCUCCUCUCUUUCUCAACCCCUAUCUCUCUCUCUCCUCUCUUUCUCAAACACCUUCUCUCUCUCCUCUAUUUCUCAACACCCCCCCGCUCUCCCUCUCUUUUCUCAACUCCCCCUCUCUAUCACCCUCUCUUUCUCAACCCCUCUCGCUCUCCUCUCCUCUCUUUCCUCAACCCCGUCUCCUUCUCUCUCUCUUGCCUCACUAUUUCUCAAUUCUCAACCCCCACACCCAUCCCACACACCCACCAACUCCCAGCCCACAGGCCUCUCACCCACCCCACCCACAACCGCUGCGGCGAAUACCGCGCACCCGCUACACGCCACCCCCCUUCAUUUGCUCUCUCUCUCUUCUCUCUUUCUCCCGCCCCCCCCCCUCUCUCUUUCUUGCUCUUCCUCUCUCUCCUCUCUUUCUCAUCCCCCCUCUCAACCUCUCUCGCUCUCUCCUUUUCUCAAACCCCCCCCGCUCUCUCCUCGCUUUCCUCACUCAACCCCUCUGUCUCUCCCUCUCUCCUUCUAUUUCUCAACCCCCCUCUCAUCUUUCUGGCGCUCCUCUCUCUCCUCUCUUUCUCAAAAACCCCCCUCUCUCCUCUCUCCUCACUCGUCUCAAGCAUCUCUCCUCCUCUCUCUCUCUCUCUCUCUCUCGCUCCUCUCUUUCUCAACCCCCCUCUCUCGUUUCUUUCUUUUCUUUCUUUCUUUCUUUUCUCCUCCUAUCUUUCUUAUCUCUCUCUGUGUCCCCCUCUCUUCUCUUCUCUCUCUCCUCUCUCACUCUCCUCUCUUUCCCUCCCCCCCCCCCCGCUCAUCUCCUACUCCUCUAUUUCUCACCCCCCCCCCACCCUCGCUCUCUCUCACUUCAUUUUAAGGCUUUUAUUGGCAUGGGAAACCGUAUGAUAACAUUGCCACGCAAGUGAAUUAGAGAGUAAACAAAUGUGAAAUAAAUAAUACCUAUUAAUGUAUAAUACAGGGCUGUAAUACAAAAAUUUUGCAAAUAUUAAAGUACAAAUGGGCAAAAAGUAAAUCAACAUCAACUAUGGGUUGUAUUUAUGGUGUUUUGUUCUUCACGGGUUGCAUCCCUUUUCCUUGUGGCAACAGGUCACAAAUCUGCUGCUGGGAUGGACACUGUGGUAUUUCAUGUCACCCAAUAGAUAUGGGAGUUUAUCAAAAUUCUUUGUGGAUCUCUGAAUCUAGAGGGAAAUAUGUGUCCUCUAAUCUGGUCAUACAUUUGGCAGGAAGUUAGGAAGUGCAGCUCAGUUUUCCACUUCAUUUUGUUGGGCAGUGUUCACACAGCCUUCCUUCUCUUGAAGCCAGGGCUGCCUACGGGCGGCUGUCCUCAAUAGCAAGGCUAAAUGCUCACUGAGUCUGUACAAUAUCAAGCUUUCCUUAAGUUUGGGUCAGUCACAGUGGCCAGGUAUUCCUGCCACUGUGUACUCCUUUUUGGGCCAAAUCGCAUUCUAGUUUCUCUGUUUUUUUUUGUUUAAUUCUUUCCCCACUGUGUCCGAGUAAUUCUCUUUUGUUUUCUCAUGAUUUGGUUGGGGUCUAAUGUGUUGUUGUGUUGUCCUGGUGCUCUGUGGGGUCUGUUGUGUUUGUGAACAGACCCCAGGACCAGCUUACUAGGGGAUCUUCUCCAAGUUUCAUCUCUCUGUAGGUGAAUGGCCUUUGUUAUGGAAGGUUUUUGGGAAUCGCUUCCUUUUAAGUGGUUAUCGAAUUAACACUCUUUGCUCUGGAUUUUGAUCAUUAGAGGGAAUCAGCCUAAUUCUUCUCUGCAUGCAUUAUUUUUGGUGUUUUUUCGUUGUACCCUGAGGAUUUUUUUGCAGAAUUCUGCAUGGCAGAGUCUCAAUUUUGGUGUUUGGGUCCCAUUUUGUGAUUCGUGGUUGGGUGAGCGAACCCCAGACCUCACAACCAUAAAGGGUAAUGGGUUCUAUACUGAUUCCAAGUAUUUUUUGGUCAGAUCCCCUAAUUGGAUGUCGAAUUUUAUGUUUCCUUUUGGAUUGCAUAGAAGUCCCUCUUGCUUGUCUCUCAAUCGUUCACAAAAGCUUUGUGGCAUUUCGCUGUGGGCUGAUGUUAAGGAGAGAGGGGAGAAGAGGGAGGGGUAGGCCCGAGGUAUGUGUAGUUUUUGUGUGCUCUAGGGAGUAGGGCAACGUUGUCUAGAUGGAUUUUGUAUUUGUGGUCUGCAACUACUGGACCUUUUUUGAACACCAGUAUUUUUGUCUUACUGAGAUUUCCUUGUCAUGGCCCAUGUCGACAAAACUGUGCAGAAGAUCAGGGUUUCUGGCUCUAGGCCCUCCUUGGUUGGUGACAGAAGCACCAAAUCAUUCAGCAAACAAUAGAACAUUUGCCUUCAGAUUCUAGUAGGUGAGGCCGGUGCUGGAGACUGUUUCUAGUGCCCUCGCCCCAAUUCCUUGGGGGGGGGGGAAAAAUAUAUAAUGUUGAAGAGGGUGGGGCUUAAACUUUGCGUCCCUGCUCACCCCCCAGCCUGUGAAAUAAUGUGUGUUUUUUUUUGCCAAUUUUACCGCACCUUGUUGUUUUUGUACAUUGAUUUUAUAAUUCGGAUGUUUUUUCCCCCACCCCAUUUCCAUGAAUUGGUAUAGCGACCCUCCUGCCAAUUGGAGGUUCCACAAGCUUAUUUGAAAUCAACAAAGCAAAUAGACGACUUUGCCUUUUGUUUUGGUUUGUUGGUUUGUCAUUAGGGUGUGCAUGGUGAAAUCUGGUCUGUUGUAUGUAGGUAAUUGGUUAAAGCCAAUUUGGCAUUUGCUCAGUACAUUGUUUACACUGAGGAAAUGAACUAGUCUGCUGUUAAGAUAAUGCAGAGGAUUUUCCUCCCCAGAUUGCUGUUGAACGCAUAUCCCACGGUAGUUAUUGGUGUCAAAUUUCUCACUUUUGUGGAUUUUGGGGUGAUCAGUUUUCUUGGUUCCCAAUAUUGGGGAAUAUGCCAGAGCUAAGGAUGAGUUAAAGAGUUUUAAGUAUACCAAUCGGAAUUGUGUCUGUAUCUUUGUUAUCAUUUCAUUCAUGAGGUACCAUCACCACCAACAGAGCCUUUUGGGUUUUGGAGGGUUUGUAUUUUGUCCGUAGGUCAUUCAAUGUAAUAAUUGGAGAAUCCAUUGGGUUCUGGUAGUCUUUAAUAGUUGAUUCUAGAUUUUGCACUUUGCUCAUGUAUAUUUUUUUUUGCUGUUGUUCAUUGUUAUAACGCAAAAAUAUUGGAGGAGAUGGUUUACCCCUACCCUCCAAGUUUUGGAAUAGAAUAGCUCUUUCGUGUUGCUUGAUUGUUUAGUGUUUUUCCCCAAUUUUCCCAAAAUGGUUAGAGUCUAUGGAUUCUUCCUGUUACAUUGAGCGAUUUCUGACGUGCUUUCCUUCUUUUUUUUUCCGUAGUGUAUUUCUGUAUCGUUUUAGUGAUUUCACCAUAGUGAAGGCGUAGGCUCAGUUUUCUGGGUCUUCUUGUUUUUGGUUGGAUAGUUGUCUCAAUUUCUUUCUAGGUUUUUGCUUCUUCAUCAAACCAUUUGUCACUGUUGUUUACUUUUCUUCGGGUUUUCUUUUGGGGGGUUUUUUUUAGAGAUUUUUAGAUUUCAUAGGGACGCUGAGAGUCACAUCUACUGUUUAGGUUUUCUACUGCCAAGUUACGACCCUUCACUAUUACCGUGAACGUUCUGUAACCUAGAGGGCAACCAGGGGUCCGCUCCUCUAUACCAUGUUUCUUGUAGGAAUGACACUGUCUGUAUUUCAUUGUCUUUGGUGAGAUCCAGGUUUCCUGCUCUUAGGCAAGGCAGAUGACCUCAGCUUGGAUAUUCCAGGAUGAAAUAGUGAAGCUUUGUGUUCACCAUAAAGUUUCUAAUGUUGUUGUCGUUGGUUUGGCCUCAUGGCCAGUAAUUCUUGUGACCCCCUCUGUGAUGGACACUGGAUUCCCCAAUGAUAUGGGAAGUUUAUCAAAAUUCUUUGUGGAUCUCUGUAAUCUGAGGGAAAUAUGUGUCUCUAAUAUGGUCAUACAUUUGGCAGGAAGUUAGGAAGUGCAGCUCAGUUUCCACUUCAUUUUGUGGGCAGUGUGCACACAGCCUGUCUUCUCUUGAGAGCCAGGUCUGCCUACGGCGGCCUUUCUCAAUAGCAAGGCUAUGCUCACUGAGUCUGUACAUAGUCAAAGCUUUCCUUAAGUUUGGGUCAGUCACAGUGGCCAGGUAUUCUGCCACUGUGUACUCUCUGUUUAGGGCCAAAUAGCAUUCUAGUUUGCUCUGUUUUUUUGUUAAUUCUUUCCAAUGUGUCGAGUAAUUCUCUUUUUGUUUUCUCAUGAUUUGGUUGGGUCUAAUUGUGUUGUUGUUGUUGUCCUGGUGCUCUGUGGGGUCUGUUUGUGUUUGUGAACAGAGCCCCAGGACCAGCUUACUUAGGGGACUCUUCUCCAAGUUCAUCUCUCUGUAGGUGAUGGCUUUGUUAUGGAAGGUUUGGGAAUCGCUUCCUUUUAAGUGGUUAUAGAAUUUAACAGCUCUUUUCUGGAUUUUGAUCAUUAGAGGGAAUCAGCCUAAUUCUGCUCUGCAUGCAUUAUUUUGUGUUUUUCGUUGUACACUGAGGAUGUUUUUGCAGAAUUCUGCAUGCAGAGUCUCAAUUUGGUGUUUGUCCCAUUUUGUGAAUUCUUGGUUGGUGAGCGAACCCCAGACCUCACAACCAUAAAGGGUAAUGGGUUCUAUAACUGAUUCAAGUAUUUUUGGUCAUAUCCUAAUUGGUAUGUCGAAUUUUAUGUUCCUUUUGAUGGCAUAGAAGGCCCUUCUUGCCUUGUCUCUCAGAUCGUUCACAGCUUUGUGGAAGUUAGCUGUGGCGCUGAUGUUUAGGCCGAGGUAUGUGUAGGUUUUGUGUGCUCUAGGGCAACGUUGUCUAGAUGGAAUUUGUAUUUGUGGUCCUGGCAACUGGACCUUUUUUGGAACACCAUUAUUUUUGUCUUACUGAGAUUUACUGUCAGGGCCCAGGUCUGACAAAAUCUGUGCAGAAGAUCUAGGUGCUGCUUUAGGCCCUCCUUGGUUGGUGACAGAAGCACCAAAUCAUCAGCAAACAAUAGACAUUUGACUUCAGAUUCUAGUAGGGUGAGGCCGGGUGCUGGAGACUGUUCUAGUGCCCUCGCCCCAAUUCGUUGAUAUAUAUGUUGAAGAGGGUGGGGCUUAAACUGCGUCCCUGUCUCACCCCACAGCGCUGUGGAAAGAAAUGUGUGUGUUUUUUUGCCAAUUUUAACCGCACACUUGUUGUUUGUGUACAUGGAUUUUAUAAUGUCGGAUGUUUUUCCCCCAACCCCACUUUCCAUGAAUUUGUAUAGCAGACCCUCAUGCCAAAUUGAGUCAAAAGCUUAUUUGAAAUCAACAAAGCAUGAGAAGACUUUGCCUUUGUUUUGGUUUGUUUGUUUGUCAAUUAGGGUGUGCAGGGUGAAUACGUGGUCUGUUGUAUGGUAAUUUGGUUAAAAGCCAAUUUGACAUUUGCUCAGUACAUUGUUUACACUGAGGAAAUGAACUAGUCUGCUGUUAAUGAUAAUGCAGAGGAUUUUCCCAAGGUUGCUGUUGACGCAUAUCCCACGGUAGUUAUUGGGGUCAAAUUUGUCUCCACUUUUGUGGAUUGGGGUGAUCAGUUCUUGGUUCCAAAUAUUGGGGAAGAUGCCAGAGCUAAGGAUGAUGUUAAAGAGUUUAAGUAUAGCCAAUCGGAAUUUGUGGUCUGUAUAUUUUAUCAUUUCAUUGAGGAUACCAUCAACACCACAGGCCUUUUUGGGUUGGAGGGUUUGUAUUUUGUCCUGUAGUUCAUUCAAUGUAAUUGGAGAAUCCAGUGGGUUCUGGUAGUCUUUAAUAGUUGAUUCUAAGAUUUGCAUUUGAUCAUGUAUAUUUUUUUGCUGUUUGUUCAUUGUUAUAGACCAAAAAGAUUGGAGGAGUGGUUUACCCAUACAUCUCAGUUUUGGAUAGAUAGCUCUUCGUGUUGCUUGAUUGUUUAGUGUUUUCCAAUUUUCCCAAAAGUGGUUAGAGUCUAUGGAUUCUUCUGUUACAUUGAGCUGAUUUCUGACGUGCUGUUCCUUCUUUUUCCGUAGUGUAUUUCUGUAUCGUUUUAGUGAUUCACCAUAGUGAAGGCGUAGGCUCAGGUUUUCUGGGUCUCUAUGUUUUUGGUUGGAUAGGUUUCUCAAUUUCUUUCUUAGGUUUUUGCAUUCUUCAUCAAACCAUUUGUCACUGUUGUUACUUUUCUUCGGUUUUCUGUUAGAGAUUUUUAGAUUUCAUAGGGAAGCUGAGAGGUCAAAUAUACUGUUUAGGUUUUCUACUGCCAAGUUUACACCUUCACUAUUACAGUGGAACGUUCUGUAACCUAGAGGGCAACCAGUGGGUCCGUCUCCUCUAUACCAUGUUUCUUGUAGGAUGACAAUGUCUGUAUUUCCGAUUUCUUUGGUGAAGUCCAGGUUCCUGCUCUUUAGGCCAAAGGCAGAUGACCUCAGGCCUUGGAUAUUCCAGGAUGAAAUAGUGAAAGCUUUGUGUUCCAUAAAGUGUCUAAUGUUGUUGGUCGUUUGGUUUGGCCUCAGGCCAGUAAUUGUGAGCAGAGCCUGCUGAGCAUCUGGUACAUGCCAUUGGCUUGGGUAGUGUAAGAGUGGGGGUUGGGCCUGUUUGCCUGCUCACGGCCUGGGCGUAUGUGUGACUUUCAUGUUGAGGCCCUCUUUGCAAGAGUGGGGGGCAUGGGGUGGGUAGGAGGGGCAUAGGUCUGAUCUGAGGGGGCCUAAAUGGGGUGUGGGCAUGGUUGACUUGGGGGUGUUCAUUGGUGGGGGUGUGGAUGUGGCUGGUGGUGCUGUGGUCUGGAUGUAGGUCCUCUCGGCGGGGGGGGGGGGGGGGGGGGGGCGGGGGGGGAGACUGUCUGUUGAUCUGUUACUUCUGUGUGAGGUGUUGGGUCUGCGGUUGAGGGCGAUAUCUCUCUCUCUCCUCUCGUUCUCAACCCCCCCCCCCCCCCCCUCUCUCUCUCCUCUCGUUCUCAACCCCCCUUCUCUCGCUCCUCUCUUUCUCAACCCCCCCCUCUCUCUCUCACUCUCUUUCUCAACCCCCCCUUUCUCUCUCUCUCACUCUCUUUCUCAACCCCCCCCCCCUCUCUCUCAAUUCAAUUUCAAUGUCAAUUUAAGGGAUUUAUUGGCAUGGGAAACGUAUGUUAACAUUGCCAAAGCAAGUGAAGUAGAUAGUAAACUAAAGUGAAAUAAACAAUAAAUAUUAACAGUAAACAUUACACUCAGAAGUUCCAAAAGAAUAAAGACAUUUCAAAUGUCAUAUUAUGUAUAUAUACAGUGUUGUAACAAUGUCCCCCUCUCUCUCUCUCCUCUAUUGUCAGACUGUAUUGUUGCCGUGUCACUCGUCAGAAAUAAGAGAUGAUGACUCUUCUUUCACACCCAGGAAACACCUCCUUUGCCGCAUCCCUGCCUCCCCGCCACAGUACAGCACAGCACAGCACAGCACAAUACAGUACAGCACAGUACAGCACAAUACAGCACAGCACAGCACAGCACUGUACAGCACAGCACUGUACAGCACAGCACAGCACAGCACAAUACAGUACAGCACAGUACAGCACAGCACAGUACAGUACAGCACAGCACAGCACAAUACAGUACAGUACAGCACAGCACAGCACAGCACAAUACAGCACAGCACAGCACAGUACAGCACAGCACAGCACAAUACAGUACAGCACAUUACAGCACAGCACAGCACAAUACAGUACAGCACAGUACAGCACAGCACAAUACAGUACAGCACAAUAGAGCACAGCACAGCACAGCACAGCACAGCACAGCACAGUACAGUACAGUACAGUACAGCACAGCACAAUACAGUACAGCACAGCACAGCACAGCACAAUACAGUACAGCACAGUACAGCACAGCACAGCACAGCACAGCACCAUACAGCACAGCACAGCACAGCACAGCACUCUACAGCACAGUACAGCACAAUACAGUACAGCACAGUACAGCACAGCACAGCACAGCACAAUACAGUACAGCACAGCACAGCACAAUACAGUACAGCACAGUACAGCACAGCACAGCACAGCACAAUACAGUACAGCACAAUACAGCACAGCACAGCACAGCACAGCACAGCACAGCACUGUACAGCUAACCGCAAACACAACAGUGUAGCUAUAGAAAAAGGCAAAUGC